GCGCUCGGGGCGCUCGCGGCGAUCGCGGCCCUCCCUCCCGGCGGCGACGGCUGCAGCGGCGGCGGCGACGGUGGCGGCAGCAACUGGGAGCGGGAGCGGGGCGAGAGCAGCGCGUUGCUGGCGCCACUGGCGUCGGCCGCAGGCGAUCCCGCAGCCAGCGUACGACAGGCGGCGGCGUGGGCUGUGGCCAACGCGUGCGAUGCGCUGCGCGCCGCACAGGAGGUGCUCGAUGCGCACACGUCAAACAAGCAAAAAGAACAGCAGCAGCAGCAGCAGCAGCAGCAGCAGCAGCAGCAGCAGCAGCAGGAGCAGGGGCAGCAGGAAGAGCAAGACCAGCAGUGGCAGCGGACACCGGCCGCACCGCUGCCCCGAGAGCAGCUGUCGCUGCUGUUUGGCGCCGCCCUCGCCGCCACCAACGACGCUGACAAGGCGCGCGCCAACGGCGUGCGUGCGCUCGGCAAUCUGCUCGCGGCGUGGCGCCCCUCGUGGCCGCCGCUUGGCGCAGCAGCGCAGCAGCAGCAGCAGCAGCAGCGGCAGCAGCGUUCGAGCGAGCUGUCGCAGGCGCUCGCCGCGCUCCAGUCCUGCCUUGCGACAGGCGGCAUGAAGACCCAGUGGAACGCAUGCUGCGCCGCCGCGGGCGCGCUGCGCAACGCGGGCCUCCUCGCCGCCGCGCCCGAGGCCGCCGCGCGGCUGCCCGCGCUGCUGCUUGCCCUGCUGAUGCUGGUUCGAGACUCCCUAAACUUCAAAAUCCGCACCCACGCAGCGGCCGCGCUGGAGGCGCCGCAGGAGAGGCGGGUCUAUGGAGACGCGUUUGCCGACACAGUGCUUAUCGUGCUUGCAGCCCUGGACGGUGCCGAGGGCGGCGGGAAGGCGGGCGGCGGGAGGCAGCCGGAGGGGCACAGCGUCGAAAGGGAGGCGGCUGCGGCCGCCCCUGCGGCGGCCGACGACGACGAGGGCGGCGGGGAUUUCCCGAAUUUUAGGUACCUUCCGGGCCUCACUUCCCAGCUUCGCGCGACGCUGCUGCACCUGCUGCAGUGGUGCGACGCCGGCGGCGGCGGCGGCGGCGGCGACGCGCCGCGGUUGCGGGAGCAGCUGGGGCGGCGGCGGGGGCAGCUGGUGGCGGCAUUUGCGGCGCGCGCGCGGGAGCGGCGGCCGGCGGCGGCUGCUGCUGCGGCUGCGGUUGGCGCGGAGGCUGGCGGGGUUGGGGGGCUGCCUGCAGAUCCAUUUGAGCAGCAGCAGCAGCAGCAGCAGCAGCAGCAGCAGCAGCAGCAGCAGCAGCAGCAGCAGCAGCAGCAGCAGAGGGCGGCCGCCGGCGGCAGCGACCAUGUUGACCGCCUCGGCGCAGUCGCUGAUCGUGGGAUCGACAGCACAGAGGACGCCGUGUUGCUGCGCGCGGCGGCCGCGCUGGGGCGCCUGCUCCCGGGGUUUUGUGACGGCCUUCGUGAGGCGGGGGUCGAGUGUUGA